AUGACAGCAAGUAUUUUUCCUUCUAUUACUACAGAACAAUUACCUGGUCAAUUAUCGAUGAAAAAUUCUUUAGGAAAGAUACAAUUAACUUCUCCUCCAAUAAUUAUUCUAACUCCUCAACUUAGUAGUACUGGAAUCUCUGAAAUUACUUCAACUGAUUCAAGUAUAACAAAUUCAAGUAAUUCAGGUUCAACUCAAUCAACUCCACCUCAAUUUAUCUUUAAAAAACCUUUAAUAAAAAAAUUAUCUCUUUUUAAAGAAAUUAAACAAGUUUUCGUAAAGAAAUCAAAAAACAUUUCACCUUAUUAUACAAAUUAUAAUAAUAUUAAAAUAGAAAAAUAUGGUCAAUGGGGUAAAGUUUUAGGUUCAGGUAUUGGUGGAACAGUAAGAUUAAUUCAUCGUACAUCUGAUAAUAAAAAAUUUGCAGCAAAACAAUUUCGUGAACGAUAUCCUCUUGAAUCCACAAAAUUAUAUCCUGUUAUGAGUAAACAAAUGAGUGAAAAGGAAAUUGCUUGUGAUUUAAAGCAAAUUAUUAAUGGAGUUAAUUAUUUGCAUGAAAUGGGAAUUGCUCAUAGAGAUCUUAAAUUAGAUAAUUUAUGUGUGAAUGAACAAGGAAUUAUAAAGAUUAUUGAUUUCGGAUACCCUUACAUAUGUCCGGAAUCCUAUAUUCAAGAUCAUUACGAUCCUAGACUUGCAGAUAUUUGGGCGAUUGGUGUAACAUUCGUUUGUAUGCAUUUGGGUAGAUUUCCUUGGCUAAUGUCCAGAAAUUCUGACGAAACAUUUAAAGCUUAUUUGAAAAGACCUGAAAGAUUAAUAAAAAAAAUCCCCAAACCAGCACAACCUAUAAUACGUCGGAUUCUGGAAAUUGAUCCUCAAAAACGUGCCACGAUGAAAGAUAUUUUAGACGAUGAAUGGUUUAAAAGUAUUCAAGUUUGUACUACCAAUAACAACAAUAAUAAUGAUAAUGCAUGUGAUCAUACUCAUCAUUUAUUAGAAACCAAACAUGACAUUCAAGAAUAG